UUCUUUGGACAACUAUUUCGCGACUGGAAUCUUACACCACCAACUUGGCGAUUGCGUGUGAUUUAGCAAUUAUAUUACGAACAUGGAAAUCUACCACUUCAGUAUUAGACUUGUGGUUUGAAGACAGUAGUAUUUAGAAUCAACAGUAUUAUCGGCUUCCAGAGUGUUAGAGAUAUUAUGGUUAAAAUCCGCACUGGACUAAGUGUGACGACAAAAAUGAGAAUUCGUGAACAGUUGGCGCGAGAAAUUUGCGAUCCGAAAUCGUGUUUAAGUCAGAACAUCAUCAUCAGGGAGAUGGUUUUGCUCCAAAAGGAACACAUGCGUAAGCUGAACGGGUAUUCCAGUUUGGACUUCUUUAUUAUGCCUAUAUCUGAAAAAUCUCGACUUAAUCAUCCUUUGAAUGCCAAAAAACCAACUCCAGUGACACCGAAUCCGUGGGUAACGGGUGGUCCUCCCGGUGGUAAGGACGCCGUAUUGGUGUUCCGAACUAGUGCUCUGUCCCCAGUGAAUUCCAGCGCCGAUGUGUCCGAAAGCGGUAAUACAUCCUCGGGGGUAUCCGUUGCGUCCGACGAUACUACAACUAUAGCAGCUGCCUCGAGUUCAACGGUAAACUCGACCAAAGAUCCUACCGGAAACCCUAGUAAUAAGUUAGCCAACCACUCGAAAGUACUCGCAUCACUGCCUAAAAAUUUCAAUGUUCAACGAAAAUCCACUAGUAUUAGUAGCGCCACUAGCAAUGACGACGAGGAAGAAGAUGGAGAAGACGAUGAAGAUGAGGACGAUGACGACGAUGAAGAUGACGAAGAAGCAGAGGGAGAAGCAGAAGGCGAUGAAGAUGAUGACAAUGAUGAAACGGCCACUUCGCAGGACGAAGCCGGUCCGUCCGUUCCGACGGGUAGCGACAACAAACCGAAAAAGCGCCAGUUGGAAUCGUCUUCUUCCUCAAGCUCGCUGAGCAAUGCUUCGGUCACCGGUCGGGAAGGUGAUGAGAUCGAGCCGGAUAUGCCUACGUCUAAGUCGGAACCGUUGCUGGCAGUGGUAGACAAAAAGUUGACCCGAAAGAGUCAGGAAAACAAAGAAAAUCAAAGCGUGAUCAAAACCGAGAUGCCUGCGGCACAGUUGAAUAUAUUUUACAAAUUCAUCAAUACGGAAACGCGACUGCUUCGGAAGAUACUGAAUGCCCACGGUAUGGGAGAGAGUGGUUCCGAUAGUAAUGAUUUUAACCUGUUGUGGACGGGUAUUCAUCUGAAGCCAGACAUCUUGAGGAAUUUGGCACCGUAUCAAAGAGUUAAUCACUUUCCAAGAUCGUACGAGUUAACUCGUAAGGACCGGCUCUACAAAAAUAUCGAACGGAUGCAACAUUUACGGGGAUACAAGCAUUUCGACAUUGUCCCGCAAUCGUUCUUGCUGCCGCAGGACUACAAAGAGCUUAUCGCCGCCCACAACAAGUGUCGGGGUCCGUGGAUCGUUAAACCAGUAGCUUCCAGUCGGGGUCGGGGCAUCUUCAUAGUGAACUCGCCGGAUCAGAUUGCUUCGUACGAGCAAGUGGUGGUCGCCAAAUAUAUCACAGAUCCGCUCUGCAUCGAUGGACACAAGUGCGACAUACGAUUGUAUGUAGCCGUAACAUCUUUUGAUCCGUUGAUCAUCUAUCUCUACGAAGAAGGCUUGGUUCGAUUGGCUACGGUUAAGUACGAUCGUGGUGCAGAAAAUCUUUGGAAUCCUUGUAUGCAUCUGUGCAACUACAGCAUCAACAAGUACCAUACGGAUUACAUCAAAUCGAGCAAUGCUGGCGAUGAAGAUGUAGGACACAAGUGGACAUUGAGUGCCCUGUUAAGGCAUCUGCGAAGUCAAGGGUGCAAUACGGAGCAGCUGAUGUUGAACAUCGAGGAUCUUAUUAUUAAGGCAAUCUUUUCCUGCACGCAACCAAUCGUUUCGGCCUGUCGGAUGUUUGUGCCGCAUAUCGGAAACUGUUUCGAACUAUAUGGGUUCGAUAUAUUGAUAGAUGACACGCUGAAACCGUGGUUAUUGGAAAUUAAUCUGUCGCCUUCGCUUGGCUGUGAUACUCCUUUAGAUACGAAAGUAAAGGCAUGUUUGCUAACUGAUUUACUCACCAUGGUAGGUAUACCAGCGAUUAGUCCGCUGCAGAAAGCGUGUUACGAUAGUAAAGGGCAGAAGAUUAGAAAUCUUUCGACGCCCUAUCGCCGGGUAAAUUCGGCGGAUUUUGUCCAUAGCACUGGGACAGGUGCUAAGAAGGAUAGUUCCAAUCAGGGGGAUUCAGGCAAGAAGCUUCUAACGACCCUCAGCGCCCUGACGGCGGAGGAACUGAAAAUAGUUCGUUUCGCGCGUUCACAAUACGAACGACGGGGUGGAUUCGUUAGAAUAUUCCCUACCAGCGACAGUAUGACGAGAUACGCGGCUUUUAUGGACCCGGUCACUGGUAUUCCUACAUCCGCUGUUACGUCAUCCGGUAGUGGUUCAUAUCUGAUGAUUAUCCCACACAACUACAAUCAAAUGUUGCAUUCCCAACUAUUCCCCCAGGGUAGUGAUUUAGAGAACCGAAUAGUGCAUCGCAUUCAAAAAUACGAACGAGCACUAGAGAGCACCCUACCGAUAACAAUUGGUCCGAAGCAUACGGCUCCAAAAUGCGUCGAUGAAGCUAAACGGUUGAGAAUGCAGAUAAGGAAAUUGAUCGAAAACGGCCAUGAGUUAAGUAUUCUUCAAGCAAGGCGUGCUUUUGGAUUAUAUCUAGAGUACAUCCUCAAGCGACUUUCAUCGGAACCGAAGCAUAGCCAUGAAGAAUUGGUUAUGAAGUUUUUAUAUCGAGUGGGAGCGCACAUGAAAACUCCGUUCUUUUUCCGAAACUUCGGCAAUAAAGCUCUAGGGAAAGAUCGAGGGGCGAUGGUUGCUAAGCAGUUGGGAGAUUAUCUACAUUUGUACAAUAAGGAAACAGAAGCAUUUGUCGAUACGUUUGAUAUGGUCGGUAUGGUUCCCAUCAAACUGUUCGACGAUUUCCUUAUUCAAGCAAGCGAAGUGGAUGUAGAAUCGGUGCUCACUCUGCACACAAACCUCACCCAAACGAUGCCAUUCCUGUACAGCGGAUGUUCCUCAAGUAUUCCACCGGCUCCACCCAUCCCAGUAGGAGCACAUGGUUUUCUCAAAGCACUGCCCUGCAUGGCUCCAGGAGGAGCCAACAAGGAACUGAUCCGACUGGACCCGUAUUACAAGAGCAACAGCGAGGCACGAAGCAGCCGAACUGGACUGACUACGGCCGCCGGACGGGCUGAACUGCGGAACGACAGAAGCAUGCGGUUGUCACCGAUGAAGAAGAAACCACCAGUUGGCAAUAUGGUUAAAUCUUCGCGGGAGAGAGAUCAACGGUCAAACUGGCUUUACUAGAAUGAUCUCGCUGAAAAAAAAAUGAAGGAAAUGCAUGCGGCCAUUCAGAUGUGUUCCAAAUUAACUGGUGUUAAAAAUUUAUGUUUGUUAUUAUUUUAGUUCUUUAUAGGUAUAGUGCUAAAGGUGCUUACUUUGGCACUUUUAUGUAAAAUUUACUAUGAUGUGUAAAACUAUGUGUUUUGUUCUCGUUUGUCUUUGAGUGACACAAUGCAAUGGUCACAUUUAGUUCCAGGCAACAGAUGAAAAAAAAAACAUAACAUUCUGUGUCUGAGCUUUCCCUUUCUUGGCUUCUUUAGCAAUGUUGAGAUAAUUUCAAGCAGUUGCCCAGCAUUCAAAUAUUUUAUAACGGAAUUUUUAACUCGAUCCAAUCAUGCGUUACGGCCUAGUUUUUUUUUCUAUUUCUGAUGAAUUUUAGCGACAGAAAGAUUAUCGAAUAAAUGACAAAAUAGCUGGACUGUAUAGUUCCUGGCUUAGUUGGUUGAAAUUUGUGAUUUUAAGACAUUCGUGAAACAAAACAUGGAGGCGCAUUUCAUCCAAAUUUGGAUUAAUUUUCCAAAUAAUCCAAAUUGAUUAAUCAACAUAAAAAAUGAGUCAUUGUACAUUUUUUGUAGAAAUUUGUUUAAACAUCGCAGUUUUUGGCUCUUUAUUUAUGGGGUUGUUGUACACCGACCUUAAACAAAAUAUCAAGUUAUUAGUUACGUUACAGUUUUCAAGAAAGAAUAACAACUGAGGAUAUUUACAUUGACAUACACAACAAGGAGAAGAAUCCAACAAUAUAACAAUCGUCACAAUAUACCCAUUAUAUCGCGCAAAUUUACAUACGUAUUCUAAAUAAAAUUUGCAGAGCACAUAAUGGAGAAAUUGAUAUUACACCAUCUAUACCUACCACUGUAGGCCAAAGAUUUGGUUUUAAAGAAAAAAGUUAGUUAAUCUUAGAAGCAAGGCAUGGGAAAGUAUAUUGUUAAAACGAAUGUAUGAAAUCGAAUCUAGUCACAUAUUGGUGAUGUUGUAUGCAAUAAAAAACAAUCGCGCUAAAACAGUUCGUUUAUUCUAGACUUCAUCUGUCAGCAUAAUGGUUAUUUAUUCAGCAGUACCUACACACUUUUCGUUUCGUUUAACUGUGAAAACCUGCCGAUAAAUCCAUAGUAAAAUAUCCUCAUACAAACGAGGACAAGUGGUAAAUUUGAAAAUUUAAAACCAUCAACAAAGUUUAUGUAAGCAACUUUUAAAAUAUCAAAUCCGAAGAUAUAUAUUUUUGAUAGUAGCAGUUGCAAAUUUCUUGAAACAAAAACUUUAACAUUAAUCGUAAAUAUUUACCAAAUUUGCAUGGUUCGAAACAGCUUACAUACAAAACUCUAAAAAAAACAAACAGGAAAACUAACUUUUCCCUCGACGGUUGAAAACAUUUUAAGCACAAAACCAUUCAAACUAAAAGCUUUGUAGAUUCACUUAAGACAGCAAAUGGAAAAGUUUACAAAAAAAUAGAAAUUGCACAAAGAAGUUAAUCCGACAGCCGGCACAAAUAUAGAAACUCAAACCGUUCAAUACGCAUUACUGCCUUCGUCCAUACAGUCGUUGAAAUGUUCUAAAAAAGUAGCAACAUAUUUUAUAGAUUGCUUUUCAAUCGUCAAACAAAGCUUGCUGUAAGCAAUACACAUGCGUAAGAAAAAAAAAAUGCAAAUCAAACUGUUUCGCAGCUAGAUUUUAAAUCUUAGUUCCGAAAGUCGACUUAUAGCAAUCAGAGUUUUACCAAACAACAACAGCCUAAAAAUCAUAGAUUUAAUAACUCGAAAUUAAAUUAUUGUUUCCUCUUCUAUUGCUAUCCUUCUACGCUUGUUGGUUGUAUACCGAUCCAUGACACUAACCUACCAUAGGUUACCGUGCUUUGCUAUGCUUAUCAAAUCAACAGAUUCAUCAUCUUCCGGAUUGAGAUUACUUAAUAAACUUGCUUGAUACUCACUCACUCACACGGUGCAAACGUGGAUUUUGAAUUGCACGCAAAGAGAUUCCACGGCUUCACACAAAGUACUUUGUGUGCUACUUAUUAUCUGGUAAAUAUUCGAUUUCAAGUGUAAAUCAAUUUCAAUAAAAAUUACUAAUCAGAA